UACAGAGAUAAUAGUACGUCAGAAGAAAUCUAUCUCGUCAAUAACACAGAAAUUGAAGAUUAUUUCAACAACAAUUUUCCUGAAUUCAUGGCUGAACCAUCUCCUGGAUUUUAUAAUGAAGUAUUUGAUAUUUCCCGCGUUUUCUCACGUUUUAUCAACAACAAUUAUAACAUUGAAUGUGUCAUAAACCAACUAUCACGUCUUGAUCAAGUUUUAGAAAAUUAUAAAGAACCAUUUUUAACCGGAAAUGAGCUUGCUUUUUGUGAUAUUUUUUUAUUCGUGCGUCUGUAUUGUCUUCAGGUCGUAUUAAAAUAUUUUAAGAAUUUUACAAUACCAGAAAACAUGAAAAGAAUUAACAAUCUCUUAAGUCAAUUGUAUAGUCAACAAGUUAUUCGUUCAUCUUGUCCUGCAGAUCAAGAUAUCAUAAAACAAUAUUCAUGUUAUAACCAAAUGAGAAUUCCACUUUCAGAAUGGAAAUUUUUGAACCAAGUCUGCUUUAGUUUUGAAAACUGAUUAACAUUCUAAUAAUAUUAAUUAAAUAAAUUUCUA